GUUAUUCAUUUUUUAAAACCAUUAAUCAGAAAGUGAAAGUAAAGUUUAGAUUGCUGGAGCUCAAACAGCGAAAAUGGAUUCACUCUCUGUGGAAGAACUUUCUUGUCCUGUAUGCUGUGAAAUCUUCAAGGCUCCUGUUCUUUUGUCAUGUAGUCACAGUGUCUGUAAAGAGUGUCUUCAACAGUUCUGGAGAACCACAAAAACUCAGGAAUGUCCUGUCUGCAGGAGAAGAUCCUCAAGAGAUGAUCCUCCAUGUAAUCUUGUGUUAAAAAACUUGUGUGAGUCGCUCCUGAAGAAGAGAAAAGAGAGGCAUUCAUCAGAGUCUGAGGAGCUCUGCAGGUUACACAGCGAGAAACUCAAACUCUUCUGUCUGGAGGACAAACAGUCGGUGUGUUUAGUGUGCAGAGAUUCACAGAAACACGUCAAUCACACAUUCAGACCCAUCGGUGAAGUUGUUCCAUCAUACAAGGAGAAUCUCAGUACAGCACUAAAGUCCUUACAAGCCAAAGUUAAAGACAAAAACAAUAUUGUAAAAGAGUUUGAGAAAACAGUUAAACACAUUAAGUCUCAAGCUGAUCACACAGAGCGUCAGAUUAAACAGCAGUUUGAGAAGCUUCAUCAGUUUCUCAGAGAUGAAGAAGAAGCUACAAUCACUGCACUGAGGGAGGAAGAGGAGCAGAAGAAGCAGAUGAUUGAGAAGCUGAACAGAGACAUCUCAGCUCUUUCACAGUCAAUCAAAGACAUGGAGGAGAUGAUGAAAGCCAGUGACGUCUGCUUUCUGAAGGAGUUUCCAGUCUCAAUGGAAAGAGUCCAGAUCUCACAGCCGGAUCCACAGACUCCUUCUGGAGCUUUGAUUCAUGUGCCGCGUUACUUGGGCAACCUGCCCUUCAGAGUCUGGAAGAAGAUGCAGGACAUCAUCCAGAACAGUGAGUCUGGAGAAGAUCUGUGCUCGCACACUUACACUGGAAAUGAUGCAUGGGGGAACAGUUACAUUUUAGCAUUAUGGGCCUCCAGUCACCCAUCCAAGAGAGCUAGGUGUGCCUCCUUCAGCCAGGAGGCAGCGUCAGCCUCGAGCUCUUCCAGCGUCUCCCCUAUAGCUGCCAUUCCCCCUGCUGCCUGUCUCCGCUGCCAUCAUCCCUACCCCCCUUACUACUAG